ACGUUUCGAGCUUUCGUUCCGACCAGCAGUCGACUCGCAGCCUGGCUUGCAGCCUGACUGAAGCACGGCGGUGCUUUCUUUUUCGUACCCGUGCGUAUCAUCUCGUCUCUCUCUCUCUCUCUCUCUCUCUUCCUUUUCUUCCCUUCGCGCGGUUCCUCUCUUCACCUCCCUCACUUCCGUUCGGCCGCUCUUUGAUCUCUCCGAGAGUUUCGAUUCCACGCACCGUGUUAUGACGCGCUAAUGAUCUACGCGCUGCUUCCAGCAGCAGCGACGACGAUGCUCGUGCCGGACUGAAAUCGACGCCUCUUAAUAGUGGCUGCUGGUCCACCUUUCGGGGAAUAAUCCCCCGAGUCGCGCGAGCAGCAUCCUCGGACGGGACGUUUGUCGGCUCUAUGUGCGCCAGUGCGCAGUCAAGAAUCGCGGAGGGAACUGUGCCAGGCAACGUCGUGGUCGAUACGUGGUCGAGGAUGAUGACGAUGAUAUAAAUCUGGCUCUCGCAAGGAUUCGCUCGAAGGGACCCUUACGAUCCUCCCUGGAAAUCCUCGCUUGAUCCGAUGAGGGAGAAGAUGGCAUACUCGAUGGGACCCGCGUGGAGGAUACCGCGUCGGUGAUUUCGAUCGGCAGCUCGAGGAUCUAGCUAUCUCGCGAAGAGAGAUCGGUAGCCAGGGAGCAUGUUGUGGUAAAGUUUUCGACGGGGGAAGCAAAUGGAGAUAAGAGGAGAAGUAGCGGAGGUAUUUUGACAGCCUCGGCACUUGUCCCGGGAAUGCUUCGAAUGCCUGUGCCGGUACUCCUCGGUAGCUGGGGCUGGGGAUUUUUCGCCAUAUUCCUCCUGCUUCUGGCCACCCCCAGUCCCGCUGCCAUUCGCAGAGCGGACCGAGGCCACUGCAAUAAAACGGUGGACAUUUACGAGGAUGUGUCGAGUCCGGCGGUGACCCCAGCGAAUUGGGGUAAGCCCCUAUCGUGCUGGUACCGCUUCCGUGCCUUUCGCGGGACGCCCCGAGACUGGAUUCUGCGAGUACGUUUCAAGAAGUUUAAGGUCGGGGUGCUGGAGAACGCCACCACGUGCAGCGGCGGUUAUCUGCAGAUCAUAGACGGCAAUACAAAGACCGAGGUGAGCAAUCGCAAGGAUCCGGGCGUUUACUGUGGGGAGUCCGAACAACCGCAGACCUUCAUUAGCGAGACCAGCUUUGUACGGGUGAUCUUUCACGCUGACAAUUUCACCGAUCAGACGUACUUUAGCUUCGACUCGCGUGCCGAACAGCAAUUCGACGUGUACCUCAGAUACGGUCAGCAUCCCGAGCUUUAUCCGAAUCGUCGCGGCGAGAUCAUGCCUGGUAGCUACUGCGAGCGCGUGUUUAAGGAUUGCCGACUGCAGACGUGUUACGUGCAGAGCCCGGCUUACCCAGGCAUCUAUCCGCGGGCGUUGCACUGCAAAUAUCGUCUAAACACCCGGCUGCCCUUUAUCAAACUCUAUAUCGAGAACGAAGAGUUCAACAUCGACGGUCAGCGAUGCGAGAAUAUCAUGACGUGCCCGAUGCGACCGAUUAGUUCCGGCUCGGAGCACUGCCCGUACGAUUAUAUACGCGUGUAUGACGGUAAAAAUGAGAGUAGUCCGGUGAUCGGCACGUUUUGUGGCAUGGGCAAGUUCCCAUAUAGCAUCAUUGGCACCAGCGAGGAUCUCUACGUGGAGUUUGUGUCGUCGCCGGCCGGACCGCUGCUAAACACCGGCUUUCACUUCAACGUGGGCAACUGGCCAGGUCACGUGGAGACCGCCGGCGUGAAGAACGGCAGCUGCGACUGGCUGCUGAACAGCGAGUCCCUCGUCAGCGGUAACGAGGGUAUUUUCCUGUCGGUCGCGCACUGGUACCCACCGCACACCAGCUGCACUUACUUGCUACGCGGUCGACCCGGUGAGAUCGCCCGUCUCUAUUUUCCCAGCUUCCGGGUGAAUCGUAUCGAGUCGCCAAUCCAACCGUACGACGGCGACUGCGGCGAGAGUUUGACACUCUACGACGCCGACUGGCCGGACGACGCGCGUAUCAUCAAGACCUUCUGCGACACGUUCAGCAAACCGAUGGAGAAGCACGAUUUCGUGUCGACGUCGAACGCGCUCUUCGUACGAUUUGAGAGCAAGACCGGAAGCUACUCUGGUAGCUCGCUCUACUAUUGGGCCCAUUACGACUUCUUCAACGCUACGAGAUUCGGUGAACCCGUAGGUGGCACCGAGUGCGACGAGAUCUUCGCCUCGUGGAAGUUGCGAUCGGGUCGGUUGCGAUCGCCCCUCAACACUCUAGUUUACAAGAGACCCGGCGAUCCGCCCGCCGAUUUAUUCUGCACCUAUAGCUUCGUCACCGACAAGCGAUUGUACGCGCGAGUAAUCCUCGUGAUCGAAUCGAUCAACUUCAAAGAACAUUCGUACGCCCAGUGUGGUCACUGCUGGGACAAUCGGGCGGACCGGGUGAUCAUUCGGGAGCCAAAUCCUGACGGUAUCAAGGGCCACUGCCUUUGCCGUUCCAACAACAACGGCACUCCGGCGCCCACGACCUCGCCGGCUGCCCCCCGGCCGCCCGUUCUUCGAGUGGUCUCCCGGGGUGAGAGAUUGGACCUGAAGCUUUUCGUUGACGGCGCUCACGCGGCCUCGAGCUACUUCAAGUACCCGGCGCCGCUCUUCGAAGCGAGAUACGAGUUCGCGCACAGUCCUCUAUGCGGACCGGCCCUCUUGCCGGCCACCACCGAUGGCGAAAUCGAAUUUCCGCAUUACGAGGCUCUGGGAUACGUUACGCCACCCCGGUCCAUCAAGUGCAUCUGGGAGUUACGGGUGAACCGCGAGCGCGAUCUCUUUCUGCACUUCGACAAGAUCAAAUUCGCGUCGCGCUCCUGCGAGGACGGCAAGCUCGAGAUUUUCCUGCCGGGCAACGUCGAGCCGUAUCUCGGCAUCUGCGGCGAGAACGUCAGCAAUGUCAGAGAAAUGAUCAUAUCGGCGGCGCAAAUCGCACCGUCGCCAAUGGAUCAUCCGGUUCCGGGCGGUGCCGCGGCCGCGGACAACGGCGAGGAAUCUCCCGCUGUGAUCGUGCAGUUCACCGGAUCCAUGGCGCCGGCCAGGGCGGCCUUCAAGAUCGCCUGGACCGAGCUCUAUCAUCUACCCAGGGACGGCUCCGGGGCCCUCAAUACCGGAAAAAUUCUCGAGGAUUGCGGCUUCCAGUGUCCCGGCGACGCCGGAUGCAUCCCGACGAGAUUACUGUGUAACGGCGUGGUCAAUUGUCCCAAUCGUGGGUUGCCUAUACCGGGUAUCCUCAACGGCACGCUCUACGAGCCGGAUGACGAAUCGAUGGAGACGUGCGGCGGGCCCGUUAGCGGUAACGGGGGCGGAUUUGCCGGGCCAGCCGGCUGGGCGGGCGCUGGCCUGGGUGCUGGUCUGGCCAUUCUCAUGGGUCUGGCGUGCAUCAUCGCCGUGUGCAGGCUCUGCAGACAAGAAUCGCGCUCCAGGGACAUACACGUACCCUACUAAGAUCCUUUGGACGCGAUCGAUCCUCUGCGAGUAUUCGUGCACGAUCUACGGAAGAACAUACAAGUCGAAUUCAUAGUCGUUUCUCGCGAGGAAUCAACGUCAUUUUUUUUUUUUUUUAUACACGUACGCUCAUGUUUAUAUAUGCGUAGAAUGUAUAAAUAAAAGAGAGAGCUUUAUUCUCUCCUCGAGAAACGAUUAUAAAUAGAAACGGUAAGAGGCAUCUGUGUGACGUCGUAAUUUUUUAGACGUCGCUUGGACGUCUUUGAGCAGAUUGCAUUAACUCGUCGACUCUUUCGAUAUUAAAUUUGGUUAAAUACAUUUUUCCCCAUUAUAUUGUAGGUAAAACUAUAAUCUCUAGAGAAGAAUAACAAAUCCAUAAGACAAGCUUAUUCAAGUUCCGUUGAUGCAAUCGUGUCUCAGGCUUCUAUAUUUUUCGGGAAAUGUAUUCAAAAGUGUUCUCUUUCUCGAGGUAAUUCGCUGAGGCAAGAGAGAUGAUGCAUUUACCAAAUUCAGCGACAAAUCCGAUACACACAUUACGCUUACAAAUAAUCUCUCCAAUGUGAUGCUUUCGGAUUUAACAAACAUCGAGUUUGCUCAUUAAUCGCGAAAGAUUGAAUCUUAUCGCUCUGUUGCGGUAACUGUUCGCGUAUUACUGUCAACGUGACGCUCCCCGAUCGCUCACCCCCACGUCCGUCACAUCAUCAAUCUUCUAUUUACACACGUUUCGCGGAGCUAAUGAUCCAUACAAUAUCCUCCCUUACAGACGCGACCAAGUUCUAACCGAAAGCUGUAUUUGCCACUGCCGCAUUGUAUUCAUCUUGUAUUACCAUCGCGUCUUCUUUACACACACUGCCAUAAGCGUAAAACUUGAUAUGUAGUCCUCGUCUCAAUCGUUCCCAUAGAAUCGUUCGCGUGCGAGAAAUCUUAGAUUCGUGACAAUCGGAUUAUCUCUGAUUAUUGCUGAUGUACGGAUGGCGAUAUCUUUUCAUUUCUAGCGAUAUAGCGAGAGAUAUCUAUGGGAUACAGAUAGUAUGAAUGUUAAUGAAUUGUAUUUGUAUUAUAUCUCGUUCCUUUAAUCUUUAAUUAUAAAGCAUCAUUAUCGGUUAUAUAAUUGAAUUGAAAUAAUGAGUUUAAAAUUAUAGAAGGAAUAGAUUAGAGAUUAAGUUAGAUUAAGUUUUAAACGACUACAAUUAUUUUUCGAUUAAUUAAUAAUUAUAUAAUAUAAUACAUUAAUUUUUUUAUAAUGAAAAAAAAAAAAUUAAUUACGCGUAUCAUAUUAUAUCUUUUUGUAAUUUUGUAAUAUCAUUUAUUGUAAAGGCGACGUGGGCUUUUAUUUUCUCCGUCGCUGGCACAGACGCAAAUCAGCGAACCGAUCGUCGUAGAUUUCGAUUUCGAGAUGUAGUUCUUAGCGGUUGCUCAAAGUUGUCCUGCUUCGUUAACUCUCUUUCUCUCUCUCUCUCUCUCUCUCGAGAGAGAGACAAAACCCUCUCUCUCGUCGCGCGCGCGAGUAAGAUAGUAUUAAAUUGACUUAAGAUACAGAAGAGAAACGGCGGGAACGACGGGAAUCGAUAAAAUUCAUCAGAGAUUGUGACUUUUGACGGGUCGUGACACGCCUUGUCGAUUUAACAUCUUGAGAUUCGGCGACUGUACAUAUAUAACCAGUAUAAUAUAAUACGACCGUUGUGAGAUAUAAUAAUAAUAAUAAUAAUAAUAAUAAUAAUAAUAAUAAUGAUAAUCACAUACUUUAUAGUCUCUUUAAAGAAGAAAGAAGAAGGAAAAAAAGUGAGAAAAAUUACUAUUUCUUUUCGCCGACUCGCAAGAUGUCUGGACUCUAUGACACCGAAUGAGCGUGCCUACUAAAUAUGCAGCUAUUAUGAUGCAUGUGAUCGUCGACAGUGCAAACAGUUUGUAUAUAAUAAGGCGAAGAGAAGAAAGAAGAGGGAGAGGAGGUUUAUAAAGCCGAUCGCUUUCUAGAAAUAACUGGUACGCUAAGAGAUUAAAAGAAAUAUAAAUAAAUAUAAAAGUAAACGAAGAGAGAGAGAGAGCGUUGGCGCGAGACAUGUAUCGCCGAUUAUUACAGCGAUAAGGGGUAAUUCCGUUAAUCUGAUAUUCGUUGGUUGGCACUCCUCGAGGAAGGCGUCGUUAUGAUUAAAACAAGAAACAAAUCUGGCCCGCCGCCUUAGAGAGGCUGCCGCGCUCUAGAGAAUCGUGUUUGUUUGUAUAUAGGGAAAUAUUUAUGUAGGUUUAGCGACAAUCUCAAUAGUGGAUAUACACGCACACACGCAUAUACAAACCCAUACAGAUUCAUGCAGACACGCCCAUACGACACGCACACGACCGAGCGACGUGCAUCACGCGCGUGCAUUAUUAAUAACGCAGCUAUCUUUAAUCGACGGUAUAACGAUCAUCUUACUACGACAUGUAAUUGCGAUAAUAACACAAUUAUCAUAAUUACUAUAUUUUUUACUAAUAAAGAGCAUCCUUGGAGCCGA